AUGCUCACCCUGGUUGUAGGCAAUGGCACUGGACCAGGCGAAGGCGGUGAGGAUGCCCUCAGAGAGACCGUGUCGUGUGAUGAUAAGCUCCCGCUCGGCGGCGUCCAUGAGGGUGGAGGAGGUGAGAUUGUCCAGAAGGUCCUCGUUGCGGCUGGUGUCGACCACGCCCACAAGACCGAACUGGCAGGGAUCACCCCUGAAAAACGGCGUAUCCGACCAGUAGCCUGA